CAAGCUCUGGCUAUGCCUUUGCCUCUUUCUUCUUACUUCUUCCUUCUUCCUUCUUUCAUACACGUCUUUGCUUCUUGUAUAAAGUUGAAAUUUGAAACACAACCUUCAUCUUCAUCUAACACUUCAAAACUCUUUAUUCGUGUAUCAGAGAAUCAAAUACCAGAAAACGGUGAAGCAAGCGAAUAGGUACAGUUUCAUCCACACACAAAAAUCUUUAGCAAAUAUAAAGGAUACUUGUCAUGGAUGGAUAUUCCAGUAAAAGAGCUGCUGAUGGGCUUGUUGUACCUGGAAAGGGAUCCGGUAUCAUCUUGAAGGGUCAUGUUAAUAACACAGAAGGAAGUGGUCAAUUUUGCAACCGAAUUGGAUCCAGUGGCAGGCUGAAUUCCUGGAAAGGUACUUCCAGCGGCUGCUCAGAAAAAGCGAAAUCUUUGAGGCCUUCUUACCUCUCUUCAUCAAACGGCAAGGAAAUAGUUGGAAGUUCCUCUAGGGUAUACUCUGCAGUUAUCAACUCUAGAAAAUCCUCUACAAAUCCUCAGAAAAAGCUAUCAUCUCAACUAGAAACAGAUUCGUCUGAAACUAAUAGUGUUCAGGAUGAACCAGAAGUAUCAGAGCUCAUAUCCCCACCUGGAAAGAUUCAAAGAGGGUUGCAUCCCAAAUCUGAAGAUGCUGAUUCUAGGGAAGUUAGCGUGAUGGAAGUUGGUAGCUCUAGUGCGGCAUCAAACACAAGACCAAGGAGAAACCUUAUUCAGUGUUCUGGGUUGGGAAACCAGGAUACUCUUGCUGGUCCAUCGGUUACUUUGGUCUCUCGAAGUGCUUCCCAGGCUACUCAUGCCAACACAAGCAACGGCUUCAGAAACAUAAGAUGCAACUCUAUUUCUGAUGUUCUUCCUUCGGGUUGUUCAUCUCCUGCUUCAAGCUUCAGCAGAAGGAAAGAUACAGUAAAAAAGAGAACUGCUGGUGGAGAAGGUAGUUCUUCAACCGGGGGAAAGAUGUUGGGGGGAUCAGCUUUGGAGGGACUGAACAACAGGUAUAGUCAUGGAGUUCCUAUUUCUGAUUCAAGGCGAGCCAUAAAUUGGCCCCCUAAUAGUGGUGGUAGUGUUGCUUCUUCAGUUAGGACUCGGAGACCAAGCAGUAGUUAUGUCAGAGGGAGACUCCCUAACCAAGAAAAUGGGAGUAAUUUAACUUUGAAUGAGUCCCCUGUAGUCAUGCAGCAAGUGCCUCAAUGUGAUGUUACUGUCGAUUUGAGUGCUCCCGUAUCCUCAGAAACUAGCUCAACUUCUGCUAUUUCUUACUGUCGACCAGGGAGAAUAAGUGAGAGUUUACACAGUAUCAUGCCGUCUAUUCCUUCUGACAAUGGCAUUAACCGCCGUUCGGUGAACCGGGAUAGCUUCUGGCGAUACAAUAUGGACGGCAUUGCAGAGGUUUUAUUAACACUUGAGAGGAUUGAACAAGAUGAAGAGUUGACAUAUGAGCAAUUACUUGUUCUAGAGACCAGCUUGUUCCUCAAUGGACUGAACUUUUACGACCAACAUAGAGACAUGAGAUUGGAUAUAGAUAACAUGUCAUAUGAGGAAUUACUAGCAUUAGAAGAGAGGAUGGGUAACGUGAGCACUGCAUUAUCUGAAGAAGCAAUGUCAAAAUGCCUUAAAAAAAGCGUCUAUGGGGAAAUGCCUUUGGAGAAUGCAAAAGUUAGCUGUGAGGUUGAAAAGGCUGAUGCGAAAUGCAGUAUAUGUCAGGAAGAGUAUUUUGUUGGAGAUGAAGUAGGGAGGUUGCAGUGUGAGCAUAGCUAUCACGUAGAGUGCAUACAGCAGUGGUUGGGGUUGAAGAAUUGGUGCCCCAUUUGCAAAGCAUCGGUAGAAGCCAUGCAGUCUCCUUGUUCGCCUCAUAGCUGAGUUGGAAUUUGAAUAGAAGAAAGCAAAAGGAAACAUGGUUUACGAUACAAAUCGAUGGCUAUUCUCUUCUUCAGCUAUUUUUAUAUUUAUGAUCACAUGUAAAUAUCAAACCCAAACAAAUAAGCAGGUGCUCUUAAGUGCUGCAUUGGAACACCCAAUUCAGUGGUAAUAGAAGAAACGUGUAUCAAAAUACACAUUACAUUGCUUGUUAUAUUUAGGGAUGAACAAUCUAAUGUGUU